AUGACCCCAGCAUCUUCCCCGUUCUCACAUGAUAUUGUUAUGGAGGAGAUCCCUAAAGUUAGGCUACCAGCACACUUAACAUUCAGCGGGAUCACGGAUCCGAGGGAUCACGUCAUCUCCUACGAGCAGCAAAUGUUCUUAAGCCCCUACUCCGAGGCUUGUUGGUGCAAAUACUUCCCAACCACGCUGUCAGGAGUUGCAGGAGAAUGGUUCAGGUCGCUGCCGAAGGGAUCGAUCAAAAGCUGGAAGAAGCUGAAGAAGAGGUUCUGCGUGCAAUUUGUGAGCAACAAUCGCCCUGGACGAACUACCGCAGAGCUAACCUCCAUACAACAGGAACGAGAUGAAAGUCUUCGGGACUUCAUGGCCAGAUUCAUGAAAGAAUCAACUAACAUCCCCAACCUGCAGCCAGACGUAGCAAUCUUCGCCUUGAAGCACGCACUCCGGGAGGGGAAAUUCCAGGAUAAACUGUCAAUGAAAAACCCCUCCAAAAUAGCUGACGUACGUCAAAUGGCAGAUGCGUUCAUCAGAACGGAAGAGUUUAACAAGGCAACAGCAAGGUUGAAAGGUCCCUCGGAUACGAGGGAUACCAAAAUGAAUCAGAGUAAGCCCGAGGGCAACUCGAGAAAGGGGAAAGAGAAGGUGGGUGCGAGAGAGGCGAGCCCAAAGAAUGAUGGGAAGAAGGGUGAAUUUCAACCCAAGUACACCAACUACACUCCACUUACCAUACCCCGAAGAGAAAUUUUCAGCCUCCACAAGGAUGAUGAAAAGUGGAAUCUACCAGACAAGCUCAGAUCAAACCCCUUCGUAGAAACAAGAACAAGUGGUGUGAGUUCCACGAUGACUUCGGCCAUACCACCGAGGAGUGCAACUCGCUGA